GCCCGGGGCCUGCGGGAGCAGCAUGGCCGCCAGCCUGUGGAUGGGGGACCUGGAGCCAUACAUGGAUGAGAACUUUGUUUCAAGAGCCUUUGCCACCAUGGGAGAACUUGUUCUGAGUGUAAAAAUCAUCCGAAAUAGAUUGACAGGAAUUCCAGCAGGCUACUGCUUUGUAGAAUUUGCAGAUCUGGCUACUGCAGAGAAGUGUUUACACAAAAUCAAUGGAAAACCGCUUCCUGGUGCCACACCAUCAAAGCGAUUUAAACUGAACUACGCAACAUAUGGAAAACAGCCUGAUAACAGUCCAGAAUACUCACUCUUUGUGGGAGAUCUGACCCCCGAUGUGGACGAUGGCAUGUUAUAUGAGUUUUUUGUUAAAGUUUAUCCGUCAUGUAGAGGUGGCAAAGUUGUUUUGGACCAGACUGGAGUUUCCAAAGGUUAUGGGUUUGUGAAAUUCACAGAUGAGCUGGAACAGAAAAGAGCCCUGACAGAGUGCCAAGGAGCUGUGGGAUUGGGCUCUAAACCCGUGCGCUUGAGUGUGGCCAUACCAAAAGCUAACCGUGUGAAGACGGUGGAGUACAAUCAGAUGUACAACUAUAAUUAUAACCAGUAUUACCAACAAUAUCAGAACUACUAUGCCCAGUGGGGAUAUGACCAGAACACAGGCAGUUAUAGCUACAGCUAUCCCCAGUAUGGAUACACACAGAGCACCAUGCAGACAUAUGAAGAAGUCGGUGAGGAUGCAUUGGAAGAUCCAAUGCCUCAGAUGGACGUGACAGAAGCAAACAAACAGUUUAUGGAACAGAGUGAAGAACUCUAUGAUGCCUUGAUGGACUGUCACUGGCAGCCUUUGGACACUGUCUCUUCAGAGAUUCCAGCCAUGUUAUAGCCUCAUUGCUGAGGCAUUGUCUCUACACGACAAGCCAGCAGGCACCAGACUCCUACGCUGCACCUGGAACCUGCAGUAGUGAAGGGAUGGCCCCUCUUCCACCCAGGUCUCUGACUCAAAGUACAGGGGGACUGUGGCAUUUCCUGUACACAAUGAGUAUUGGAGGAGCAUCGUGGUAGCUUUUAUUCAUGGUGAAAAUUAGAACGGCAACAGUUUUAUUCCUUUGGUCUCGAAAUGAACUCUUAAUACUUCUUGGGGAAUUGUAAUUUAUAAACUUUAAACAAGAUGGCACAGGGGAAAGACUCUUCUCCAAUGUACAAUAAAAAAAAAAUUGGUCUUUUAAGUAAAAUUAUCCUUU